UCCCAUAGCCCUCUUCGAUUCUCUUAGCCAGCGCGGCCACAAAGGGCUCUGCGGACAUAGGAUUUUCGAAUUGAUUCGAAUUUUUUUGAUUGGCUGUUUGAAAACAAAGAAAUCUUGAACGGAAGUUAAAAUGUUCGCGCGGAUUGCAGUCGCGAAAAUAUGAAACAGCUGUGGUCAGCUAUGUUUAAAAUGAAGGACCAUUAGACAGCUGACCUGCAAUUCGUUUAUCUUCACGGUCUGGUCUCGCAUCAAGGCAUUUAAAAGUGAAACAACGAAAAGAAACGAUUCAGUUGCUCUAUGCCACGAGUCAAAGAAAAAGGGCAAUAACUGGAAAAUCAAUGACUGUCGGUAAAAAACAAAAUUAAAUAGUCUCUUUCUUUAAAAUCACAAUGUUCCUUAUCGCCUCUAUCUGUUUCACUCUGACGAAAACAUUCUCCAAAUUGAUACCACUUAAGGUCUGAGAUAAAGAUUUCUCGAAUCCUGCCUCGACGGCCGCCAUUGACAUUCUCCGAAACAUUACGACUGCAUACAUAAAGAACGGAAGUCCAAAAAUCUAGGACUGGGAAAUCCUUUGUCUCCAGCCUUCGUUUCUCGCGCCAAGGCCGCGCCGGCUAAGAGAAGCGAACAGGGCUAUAGGAACGGGAAUGAACAAAUCUUUAAAUACCUCGUUCCCAGGCUAAGCCCUGUUCACGUCUGUUAUUUGGAGCUCAAAAGAGCUUGAACCCUACUUGCUUAAGCUGAUACAACAAACCACCCAUUCAAUUUAAGUUUAGGAACACGGACCUUAUUCACGCAAAGUAUAAUCCACAACGCAACGAACUCUAUGGUCAGCUCUGCUCUUGCAGCGUUAGCAAUAACCUCAAACAGUAAAUUUACUUUCCAGUGGUAUCCAUGGAAAAUCAUCAUGUCUCAGCUCAAUCCGUGUUAAUAUGCUUCGGAGCAUUUCGGAGCUAGUAUGUUCUGAAGUUUCCGAUUUCCUGUACCUUUUUGAAUGUCUAUGCGAGGCUUACUGCUUUUUCAGAUUGGUAAAAUUUCCACUCAGAUCUGUUGUUAGUUUAUCGGCUGCAGUCGAACAGUAACUGGAACUCUAAAAAGGGAGUCAUCUUAUUUCCCAGCCAAACCCUUGAGAGUGGGUCAUUAUACAUAUUUUGAUACCUUUUGGCUGGUUUUAAUAAGAGUAACGCGUUGUGUUAGGUUCUUUCUUUAUUAGCGUACCCCCGGUGAUUUCUCUUAGAAUCGAACCUUCAAUCAAAGAUUAUAACUAAUGCAUAUUUGUUACGUCACUUACGUCCGUCGAAUUCAACCCGACCCAGGUUCCACACUAGACAACGGUAGCCCACAACAAGCUCACAUGGUUUAAGGGCCUCUUUCACGAUAAUGCGCCUGUACGACUUUGAAAGACACUUGAGGGUCCAUUAGAAGGUUUUUAACCAAUAGAAAUUGAACGGCUUGGUACCAGGCGCCACCCAGAAUAAUCAGAGAUUUUUUUCGUAUAUUUUCAUAAUAUCCCUUUGUCUUUGGAAAGUUUGAUCCUUGCUACGGAACGUGCUGCUUCGUGUACCUCCCCUCGAGGACAUCAAAAAUUUCUCUACAGUCCUUCAUAUGCUUUACUGGACCCUACAAAAAUGGCAGGUAAUUUCUUUAAUACCGUCACUACAACUUUCACACCAUCCCUCACAAGGUCAAUGGAGAACGAUUUUCCUCGGAGAAGGCAACUUAUAUCAUUGGGCCGUCGGUCUAUUAAAUCAAAUGCUGGACAUGCGCAGAAGUUUGAAACAGGCCCCUAAAUGAAACAGUAACUGGAGAGCUUAAGCAAUGACGACGGCGACCCCGCAUACAACGCCUAGUAAAAAAUUAAUAUAUAUUCUACCUUCGAAUUUAGCAAUUGUCUAGAUCUGUUUACUCGCCUAUUGGUCAUACUUGCUAAAUAUGUAACGCCAGCGAUUAAUUCCAAAUGAAAAUACGUAAAUUAGCUGCCGUCGUUCCCGUUCUCCAAAAGACGCAGAACUUAGUCAUUUCACGUUGUUGUUUUGUAGAAGGCAAAGAAAUGUGCAAAGAUUUGUAACGCACAUGCACAGCAAUUGUUCCACUCAUUGAACCUUUUGUUUGUUGGCGUUCUCGCGCGGUGCCAUGGCCGUCGUGGUUUGCUUAAGCUCUCUGCACAGGCACGCAGUGACGGGAGUAAAGGGAUGCCCUAUUUGCAGACAAUAACAUCAUAGAAAUCGCGCUAAAAUCAUGAUUAAGUGUGGAAAAGAAAAAUAAAUUGCAAAUGCGAACGAGCGAAGUUUUAAAUUCAAACCCAGCAAAGGACAUAACACACAAUCUUUGCGGUUUUCCCGAUUUAUAAAUCGGUUUUGAUUUCAAUAUCUGAGUUUGCCGACAGACUUCAAUAUACGCAAUUAAAGAGAGGCUGGUUGAAACAUAAACAGAGUGCUUAUAGUUAAAUCACAAAAAAGUGGACAUAAAAUAUAUUGAUCGUGCGACAGACUCAAGACAGGUAGGCGUAACUCAAGUGCUGGCGUUCAUUCUGUUGAAGAUGCGACACUAUUUAAUCCAUCUUGUAAUGGCUCGUGUUCUUCGGAUUUUUCAUUCAAUGCUCUAUGUGGUCUCCACAGAAAGUUGCAUGUAUUCUAACAAAAUCGCACUCGGUUACGAAGGAAAUUACAAUGUUUCGUACAAUCUCAAUGCAUCCUCUGAUACGCUAGAGUUUUUGCUGGAAGCAAGAGCAACAGGGUGGGUCGGUUUCGGUGUUGCUGAAACUGCGCCAAAUAACAUGAGCGACUACGAUGUAGCUGUAGGAGGUGUAUUGAGUAAUGGAACAGGUUACCUAAAGGAUUAUUACACUCGAGGACAAACUCUACCAGAAAUUGACAACAAUCAGGAUUACCAACUGGUGUAUGCAUCAGAGAUAGGUGGAUACACAGAGCUGAUGUUUCAGAGACCACGUGAUACCGGUGAUGGCACUGAUAUACAGUUUGCGGUCGAAGAAGAGAAGUACAUAAUCUGGGCCUACGGUAGUGAUGACACCAGGAGCCCUAAUGACUUUGAUCGACAUGCUGCAAGGGGCGUUGGUGACAUGCAGCUUGUUAUAGUUGACAAACCUCCUAUCCCUACCAAGGCCGCCGCAGUAUCCUUGCUGCAUUCAUGCAUUAAUACAAUCUUAAUUGCAGCCGCAAUAGUAUUCUUAAAUGUUUUGGUGAUGUAAAAUGUUGGUAAAAAAAGAAUUAAUUAAAUUUCCACCGUUUUUUACAAGACACGGGAAGCCUUGUCGUAAUGUAAGAUAAAAGAAAGGUCGGCUGACUCCUUAGCAAAACCUUGAUUGCUCAAGGCACCCAUUAAGACCACAGCCUGACCAGCUAAAUUAGUCAUGUAGUAAAUUAUCCUAAACACAGUCUUUUGUAAUAAGACGUCGUUUAGAAACGAAUAGUAGAGGAGGAAGAUACCAAAGGUGUGGCCUUUUUUCUCUUUGUAAUUUUAUUUUAUUUUUUUACCAUUUUCCAUUUUCUGAUUAAUAUCAUAUUUUUGUUGUUGGUUAUGUAUUGACGACUCGUGAGCAUUUUGUUUAAAUAAAGAAGUUAUAACA